UGCCGCUUGGCCCCGCAGCUCUGCGCACCGGGCUAGGGCGCCAAGGUAGCUCCGGAGUCCAUGGCGGGCAGCGACGUGGCCGGCGACGGAGCUGUGCGGAGGGGUGGCGCGGCGCGGAGACCCGGAGCCUCGGGUGGGCAGCGAAGCGACGCUGUAGUCCGACGCGCGCCGGAGCCGCUGUCCACUGCUGAAGCGCCGACCCCGGGCAGCGCGCUGCCAGCCUGGAUGCGCCUCUACUUCUACGGGAUGCACGGCAUCACCCUGGACGUGCUGCUGUCCUCGGCGUGGCGCUUCGCCCGCAGCCCGGAUCUGCGGAUGCUGGGCUUCUCGUCGCCCUACAGCUGCCUCCUGCAUUCACUCACCCACUUCGCCCUGGAGCAGCUCUACCUGCAGCGGCCGCGCUGCCCCAGCGCCUUCGUCUUCAAUUUCCUCCUCUAUCCCUCGGCCCACGUGGGGCUGCAGACCCUGGCCGGCCAGGCGCUGCUGCUCAGCCUGGGUGGCGGGCCGGGGGUCUCGGCGGUGCCUGGGGCGCUCGACCUGGCGCUACACUACGUGCUGGCGCUCUACCACUGUCAAGUGUUCUUGAAGCGCUUCCUGCGUUUGCGGUACCCACGGCAGCGACAGCAGCAACAGAGGGACUCGCUACCUGUGGUCCCCAGCGCCCCGGUCCCUGCAGCGUCUGGUGACUGGCGACAGGGUCCACGAAGACACCGGGGCGCCGAAGGAGCCCCUGGCCAGGGACUGCCUGACCUCCUCCGCUUCUUAUUCUUUGGAAUGCAUGGCUUUCUGGAUGAGAUCUUUUUCACCUUCUUCUUUAAUGUGUUGGGACACGGGGACGGCACCAGUAGUGGCCACACAUCGCUCUGGUCCUUCUUCAUGUAUGGCAGCUGUAGUUUCGUGGUGGAAAAACUCUACUUCCACCUCCACUACAGCCGCGGUUGGGGCACCUGGAAGAGGGUGCCCAUCUAUGUGAUCUUCAUCUAUGCAUGGGAGCUGUCCUGGGGUCUGGGACUUCGCAUGUGUGGAGCCUGUUCCUGGGACUAUUCUCACUACCCGCUCAAUUUCAUGGGUCUCAUCACCUUGAUGUAUUUACCUGGUUGGCUAUUCCUUAGCGUGUACCAGGACCUCCUGUCCAAUGUCUUGUGGCAGGUGCAGUAUGUCCCAACUAAUUAAGACUGAAAGAAAAGAAAGGAAGAAAAAAAGGUUGUUGGAGCCUGACAAAUGGAUGCAAUUUAUUUUUACACAUUUAAGAUGGGGUGUUUUGUUUUCAGUCUUUUCCUUUUUAUACACUUUACUAAACUCUUCCAACCUGUUUUACUCGAAAUUUUAGUUUUUCAGACUAGUUGGAAGUUACAUGUGAAGUACAAUACUUUAAAAUACUACUGAAAAUAAAUCAAUGUACUUAACUCAUCAAUAUCUUAAAACCUUCACAAGCUCAAACAGCAAAACCACAAUACCUUAAGAUCAGAAGCCUGUAGUGUUCACUUAUCUGAACCUAGAUGGGCGAAAGCUAUAUAUCUUUUCUUUUCUUGCAACUGCUUGAGAUCAGAUAACAAUAAUUUUUACAGGAUUUAAUGAAAUUUUCUGAUUUAACAAUUUGUUUACGUUCUUUUUAAUGCAAUUUCAUUUUAAUUCCUUGUCAUUUUUACCAAUGGUGGCUGAAACUCCAUGUCUCAUAUUUCUGAAGCUGCAGUUCCCAGCUAUUAAAGUGCCUCUGUCUAGCAUACAAGUUUGAAAAGAAGUUGAUGAAUGUGAUAACACUCCAUGAACAUAUUGUGAAAUGAGAAAUCCUUUCUAUCAACUCUUACAGGUGACACUGUGUUAAAAUAUUUGAUCAUCUUGGAAAUGGUUGCUUUCCAAUGUCGGUUAGCCUUAAACACUAAGUGUGUUAAUGUUGAUCAGAUAUGUUUUCUCUAUGCCUGUAAACUUUUGUUACUGUGCAAUAAUGUAAAACGUUUACCCUAUAUGUCCCAGGGCCAAGUGAAAUUAUACCACCUUCAAUGGUGUUCUUACUCUAAGGACACUUUUUCUACAUAGACCUUCAAGUAUAGAAACACAAUAUCUUGGAAUAAAAUGAAUCUGAAUCCUC